CGAAUUUUCAUUUGGUAUUAUGGUGCUCAUUCGUUGAAGAAUAGGACUAUUGUGAAUUUCGAUCGUUCGACGCAUUUACAAUAGAUAAUUUUUUCUCAGCUGAUACAGCAAAUCAAAAUAAAAGAAAAACCGAUUGUAUUGAAAUUCUUUGCUAACAACAUUUUUAAAAGUUAAAAAAAGUAUUUUUUGUGAAAAUGAGUACAACGGAGUUGUGGUUCGACGAUUUAUCGGACGAUGAAAGAUUAGCGGAACUAGAUAGAAGUAGAAAACAGUUGAGGGGCGCAUCCAACCCCCUAGAAAUGGCUUCCACUGAAUUUUUAAAGAACUUUAGAUCAUCUAAAGAGGCGUUUAUGAACAUACUGUCCAGUACAGAAAACCAGUUGCAGCAGUGCACCCAAGUCAAGAGCUCUUCACUGUUCUCCAAAAAAAGCAAAUUAUUAAUGUGUGUGCAGCCUUGCACAACAUUUGCUUGUUUUAUAAUGUUCAACUUCCGGAUGAAGAGUUAUCCGAUGAGACCCUCAACGAUGAUGCUGAAGAUAUUGAAGUGGAGCCAAAUAACGGAGAAGCAGAAAACAUAAGAAAUAAAAUGCUUAGAAUAUUAUAGAAAAAUCUAAAAAGUAUUAAAUAGAAAUCUUUACGCCACAGUUUCUCUUUUAUUUUUGUUAUAAAUUUUC